AUGGAAGGCUACACCGUCGGCAGAGUUAUCAUCUCUCUCGUGUUCAUCGGUUCUACUUUAUUUGCGACGUUCUACAACAUCAAUCCGUUCAUCAAGGGUACCCGUUUCGGCUAUGUGGCGAUCGCCCAGCUUCCCCUCGCCUUUUCUUUGGUCAUGAAGAAUAACCCCGUCGCAUGGUUGGCGGGAGUGGGAUAUGAGAAGUUGAACUACCUUCACCGCGUCGUAGGCAUUGCCAUAGCCAUCAGUAGCAACUUCCAUGGAUUCGCAUACAUCUUCAAGUACUCCAAGAACGGCGAUCUCACGACGAAGUUCAAGCAAGCCGAGAACAUUUGGGGUCUUGCGGCGAUGAUGGUCCUCGAUGUACUCUUGAUAAUGCUGAGUUUCCCAGUGCUGCGCCGGCGCUGGUACCGUGUUUUCUACGUCUCGCAUGUCUUCGGCGCCAUCAUGUUCGUCGUGACGACUUACUAUCACGAAGCAAGGACCGCGCAAUACGCCUUUGGUACGGCGAUGCUCUAUGCCGCUGAUCGCGCACUUCGUCUCAUCCGGAGUCGCAUCGUCACUGGUACCCUCUCUCCGAUCCCAGAGCUGGGUAUGACGCGGAUCACCGUCCCAUACAACGCCGGAUGGAGGCCGGGGCAACACGUUCGUAUCAGGAUUCUGUCCUCCGGGAUGGGACUGCUCCGUUGGUCCGAGUCUCAUCCAUUCACCAUCUCAACUGCACCGCUGACGGAGGAGAACCUGGUCCUCAUGUGCAAGGCGACCGGCGGCUGGACGACCAACCUAUACAACCUCGCCUGCGGAAAGCGUGACAAUGAAGAGCCUACUGCCUCGAGGACUGUGCACGUUUGGAUCGAGGGGCCUUACGGUGGAACGAACCAUACUCUUUUCAAUAGCUUCUCCGCUACAGUUCUGAUAGCGGGCGGAAGCGGGAUCGCGUUCGUGAUAGCUGCAGCUCAGGAUAUCUUGCGGAAUGCCGCCGAAGGGCAGAGCCAUCUCAAGAAUGUCCGUAUUGUCUGGAGCGUCAGAGACACGGGAUCCCUGAAGGCUCUGAUGCCCACUUUAUCCUCUUUGCUGGAGGCGUGGCCGAGCUCGGUUUCGUUGGAGAUCUCUGUCCACUAUACCAGAGCCCUCGGAAAACUGGAUGACAUGAGCACGUGUCUUCCAUGCGGACUGAGUCUUCAACCUGGUCGGCCCCGGACGGCAGCGAUCCUUACGUCCCUGAUGGACCGUAUGACCUCCGGCAAACAGGGUGCAGAGACUAAGGCGCUCUCGGGCGUCAUCGUCGGCGUUUGCGGACCGGCAUCUCUCGGAGAAGUGGUUCGCAACUCGAUCGGUACCCUCGAUGCCACAGCAAUGAAAUCAGUGGGAGGAGUCGAGAUCCACGAAGAGGUUUUCGGCUGGUGACUUUGUUGCCUUCAGGGCUUGAAGCGGCGAGUUUACGUUAGGUGUAGAUUGUCUGCGAUACUGUAUCUGUAU